AUCUUUAUCAGUUCUGAAAGUAUGAGCAUGUGCUACACAGCGUGGGUUAUAGUCCUUCUCCUGUUACAGUCCUCAGACGUGAAGAAUGUACUCGGUGGACCGUCAGUCCGAUUUCAGGAACAAGAUUGCCAUGAUAAGCUCGGACGGGGUUGUUUCAAAUACACAGAUGACCAGUGCGUUGGGAAGUACACCCUCUGGGCGAGAGAAAACUGUGCACUCAGGUGUGGGUAUUGUCCACAAAAAUUGCCAUGUGUUGAUCAUAUCACAUACUGUGACGAAUACGAAGAAAGACUUUGUACUGAAGAACGGUAUGGGCAAUAUAUGAGAGAGAACUGCAGAAAAACCUGCAAUUUAUGCCAAAUCCCCACAGAAUAUUUAACAUUACCAACAACGAUGUCCACUACUGCUGUUUCCAGUUGGUGUUAUGAUAACGUCACCGAUAAUUCGUGUUGGUAUUAUGGAGACGAGCAGUGUACUGGUAGAUAUGAAUUGUGGGCCAGGAAGUUUUGUCCCUACCGCUGUGGAUAUUGUCCAGAUGCAGUACCCCCAUGUGAAGACGCAAUAUCAUAUUGUGGAUCCUUUGAUCGCUCUCUGUGCACCCAGCCAACGUACGCUGCCUAUAUGAGAGAGAAUUGUAGGAAGACGUGUCAACUCUGUUCAUAUCCGGGAAAAAUCCUUCCACCGAAUACCUCCCCAUCAGAUCCCAGCACGCCUGUAACAGACGAGAAGAUACCACAAACUUUCGGAUAGUCAUGAGAAACAAAUACAAUUACACUAAAUAGUUUUUGAGUCGACUCGCAUAGCGAGCUACUCCUUGGCAUCUCGUCCGUCCUGCGGAUUCACCGCUUCACUACCACCUUAGCUCAUACGCAAUUGAAUAUAGUUUGACUGACAGUGUAUGUUUUAUGAAAUAAAAUCAUUGCCGUGCACAUAAAA